AUGGCCAGCCCGCCGACCCCUCCCAAGCGCAUCCGCGAAAACAAUCACCCGCCCCUGAUCAUCAACCCACACAAGCGAGUCCCACUGCUCAAGACCGCCACGCACCAACCAUCGCCAGAACCAACACUGCCCAUCACCAACACCAAACACCACCCCGCUGAGGCCGGCCCACUAUCCCGGGAUUCCCUCACCGAACCCAAACCUAGAAGCCAAGGCUCCAUCUUCUUCAUCGGCACAGCAACCACCAUCAUCACCUACACCCCCCCAGCCCAGCAAGCCCCCCUCCGCCUCCUAACAGACCCCAACUUCCUCCACGCGACUGAGCACGUCCAUCUCGGCCCCGGAGUCACCGCCGAACGCCUCACCAACCCGGCAGUCCCCGACCUCGCUUCUCUGCCUCCCAUCGACGCCAUUUUACUCUCCCACUACCACGAAGAUCAUUUCGAUCGGAAAGUCCAGGCGCAACUCAGUCGGGAUGUACCUAUUGUUACGACGCCGCAUGCGCGGGGGUGUUUGGUAGAUGCGGAAGAGAAGAGUGGGGGGGAGGGGUUUAGACGGGUGUGGGGAGUGGAUUUCUUUGAGGGGGUUAUGCUGCUACCUACUCCAGAGGGGGCGGGGGAUAAGGGAGAAGGGAAUAAGGGGGCGAUACGGGUGACGGGGAUGCCGGGGAAACAUGUGCCGCCUGGUGUGGUGGGUGUUGCGAAUGAGUUGGUUGGUGCAGUGCCGCCGACGAAUGGGUGGUUGGUGGAGUUGGGGAGGACGACACACAACGCAAGAGUCACGGUGACGGGGGAGGUGGAGGUAGGCCCGGAGAUAGGAGAGGCAGAAUUUGAGACGGGAUACCGGAUUUACAUCUCCGGCGAUACACUCAUGGUGGAUGAGUUAAAGGAGAUCCCGAAGCGGUUGCAGGGAGACAAGAUUGAUUUGAUGCUGGCGCAUCUCGGGGGUACGACAAUUCCGGGGCCGAAGAUGCCGCUGUUGAUGGUUACGAUGGAUGGGAAGCAGGGAGUGGAGUUGAUAAAGCUGGUAAAACCGGACGUGACGGUACCGAUUCAUUAUGAUGAUUAUGACGUGUUUUGUUCACCGCUGGAUGAUUUUAGGAAGGAAGUGAAAGCGGCUGGGUUGGGGGCGAAGGUGGUGUAUCUUGAUCGGGGGGAGGAGUACAAGUUUGAGUUUUGA